AUGACUCCCAUCGUUCUUCGUGACCCGGAAGUAACGAAAAAGCUCCUUGAGGCUAUCCUCGAUACACCAGGCGGGAGACGCUCUCUGUCAAGAUUGGCGAGAACAUGUAGGGCCAUGUGCGAGCCGGCGUUGAGCAUACUAUGGAGAGAACUAGACUCGUUGAUACCGGUUCUUGGACUCUUCCCGCCGUCUCUUCUGAAGAAGACCAGAAAGCCAGGAUUAGGUUUGACCAGGAACCCGGUGGAAGAAGACUGGUCAAAUAUUCUAAAGUACGGCGAGCGAGUCCGUCGCAUUGCAUACAACGAGGAGAUAAACAACGUCGCUUCUUCCAUUUUUCCUAUUUUCGAACAAUAUCGCCCGCGAACGUUCAUCUUCCCCAACCUUCGGCAGCUCGCAUGGAAGGUGGAGAGUCCAGCUGGCCUGGAACGUUGUUCUCUCUUCCUCAACCCGGAGCUCGAGAGCCUCUCUCUCGAGAUUGGGACACCAUUCUCCGAGUUGAGCCACUUCCUAGCUGACAUGUCAAGUCGCAUCAAGUUGAAGGAAUUUUCGUUCGUCUCUCCAACGCCUCUACCCGACGCAUUCACAGAGCUCUUGCUACUGCAAAAGGGUCUCUGUAAAGUAGUUCUUGUCGCUCCCGGUGCGCUGUCACCAGGAGUUGGGCGAUGGCUUGCUUCCCUGGAGGAGCUUAAAGUACUGCAAUUAGAUCUUUCUGGAAGGGGUGUCGUUGCAGUGGAAGGGUUUUUUGACGAGCUAUCGCCACGUUCGGGGUAUUCGACACCAAGCUCUGUCAUGACCACAGACAGCGGUGUGUUUUCGGGAGAGGAACUUGACUUUUCGGACCACAGAAAAUCUGCGCUCCGGUUGACCGGGGAUUUACGAUCCAAGGGAUCUUUUGUGACGGUCCGGCAGCUGCAACUGACUGGAGAGGCCUCAAAUAUCGCAGUGUUUUUGAGGCACUUGCAUAGCGCCCUCAUGCAGCUCGAUCUUGUCAUCGAGGAUCCUCCAGAUAUUGCCGACUGGCAGGACUUGUCGGCGCUCAUUUCAGAGCGAUUCGGUACAACCUUGCAGUCAUUGCGCAUUUCAGGCAGCAGAUCGUCGCGGUAUAGCGAGCUCGUACGGUCGACUGCAAGGGCAGAGCCUCCCAAACGCCUACCCCUCGGCCACUUCACUUCACUCCCAAACCUCCGUCGUCUGGAUAUUGAUCUUCCAGAGUCGAUUCUAUUCACCAAAUACGACAUCCGGCAUUUGUCAACGAUCUGUCCGAUGGUAGAAGAACUCAAACUGUGCCCAUUGGCCCGCUUCCCGAUUGCUACUCCACCCAAUAUCAUGUUGGGAGAUUUGGCACCUUUGAUGGCCAACUGUUCAAGACUCCAUACACUUUCAGCCGUUGUCAAUGCCAAAAAAGGAACGGACGAAGUUUUGUCUUCACGUGAAACAUCUUCUGCUUCGCUUCUGCGUCUUCAUGUAGGCCAUUCGUGGGUGGGGGACACCCUUCAUGUCACCAUUCUCCUUAGCCACCUUGCUCCACACCUGGAGACGCUGAAGUGGUUCCACGAGAAAAAUCGGCCUGGAUACGUCGAGGCAAAUGCACGAGGCUGGGAAAGAGUUGCGGAUGCCCUCCCUCAUCUUCAGAAUGUUCGUUUAUCGGAGCGACUCUUCGCUACCCGAGCCAUCGACGAAGUCGAAAGUCAAGUACCUCAACUCGAGUUUUCCGAAAAAGGUAUUGACGCCGCUGUUGCAACGACGGAGCGCGAGAUACAGGUCCGGCCAGCUGUUACAGAGACUGCUGUCCAGUUUUCUCCCAUUUUGAUCAACCGCAUGGUAGACGCUGAGCCACUCAACUCUGCAAUCCAGGUGUUGCCGACGACAGUAGAUCAAUCGGUGGAAGCCGUCGUGUCCACCUUAGAGAGUGCAGUGGAUGCAACCGUGCCAACUUUCUCCAAAUCGGUUGAAGCGCUCGUCGAGGAAUCCGCACUUAUUGACAAAACACCGUCCAUUCAUUCCAGUUCCAUACGUUCCAGUUUGGCGAAUAUCCAUCUCUCUGACAUUGUUUCCAUGGCAUGGAAACUGGUAGUAUUCUUUCCUUUAACGGUCCCGUCCAGGAUCAUCCGUAUGGCACUUGAGAAAGCUCGUCUGAGGAGGGAGGCACGGAAAAAAGAGGAGACCGUUGCGUCGCUGUCAACUGAUAUUCCAUUGAACACGAUUCAAGUCCGUUCAUGA